GCUUGAAUUGAAUUUGGCACGGGGAUGAGCGUCGGUGACUCGUGCGAGACCAGCAGAAAAUGGAGAGAGAAAGAGAGAGAAAUUGACGCAUGCUAGUGCUGAGAACUACCUAUAAAAGCAAGAAUUAGGAGAGAAAAACAAAUGGAGUGUGAGUGGUUACACAUUCACGACGCUAUUGAGAGUGAAAUGGCAGAUUCGGUGUCGGUGGACAUGGAAGCCAUUUCUCUUCCACCCGAGGAACAUGUUGUAAGAACUCGCUCUGGUUGCGUCUCUGUUGCUGUGUAUGGGGACCAGGACAAACCAGCGCUGAUCACGUAUCCUGAUUUAGCUUUAAAUUAUGUUUCCUGCUUUCAAGGGUUGUUAUUUUGUCCAGAAGCCUGUUCGUUACUGCUUCACAAUUUCUGCAUCUAUCAUAUUAGUCCACCUGGGCAUGAGUUGGGAGCUGCUGCCAUUGAUCCAGACGGUCCAAUUCUUUCUGCUGACGACUUAGCUGAUCAAAUAGCCGAAGUUCUUAAUUAUUUUGGUCAGAGUGCAGUGAUGUGUAUGGGAGUAACUGCUGGGGCUUACAUUCUUGCCUUAUUUGCUGUGAAAUAUAGACAUCGUGUUCUUGGUUUGAUACUUGUUUCCCCAUUAUGUAAAGCACCAUCUUGGACUGAAUGGCUGUACAAUAAGGUCAUGUCAAAUUUACUCUACUUUUACGGCAUGUGUGGGGUGGUUAAAGAAAUAUUGCUAAACCGAUACUUUAGCAAGGAAGUUCGAGGCAGUGACUAUUUGCCAGUGUCUGAUAUUGUUCAAGCAUGCCAAAGGUCAUUGGAUGAGAGGCAGAGUUUGAAUGUGUGGCGGUUCCUUGAAGCGAUUAAUGGGAGACAUGACAUCAGUGAAGGAUUGAGAAAAUUACAUUGUCGUUCACUAAUUUUUGUUGGGGAUAUGUCUCCUUUUCACUCUGAGGCUCUCCACAUGGUAUCUAAGUUGGAUAGACGAUUCAGUGCCUUAGUUGAAGUUCAAGCGUGUGGGUCAAUGGUAACAGAGGAGCAACCUCAUGCCAUGUUAACACCGUUGGAGUACUUUCUCAUGGGAUAUGGCUUGUACAGACCAUCUAAGUUGAGUGUCAGCCCAAGAAGUCCCUUGAGUCCCUCUUGCAUUUCUCCUGAGCUUUAUUCCCCGGAGAGCAUGGGUUUGAAAUUGAAACCAAUCAAGACACGAAUUUCAGUGGAGAUGUAGUACGUUAGUAGUCGUAGAUGAAUAAAGAUUAGCACCUAUUUUGUAUUUUGAUUGUUGCACAAGUUUAUAGUUCUUUGUUUUGUCAAAAUUCUGGUGAAGGGGGACAUGUCAUUGUAGAUAGAUGGAGAUGAACAGAGAAUCGACAGAGGAAAGAAAAAGGGGGAAGAGUUUACUUGAAAGCAGCUAUAGUCAUUCUUUUAUUUGUGUAGUCAUAGACUUAAGUUAGCGAGUCUACAUAGUUGCUAAAGCUUCAAAAGUGUUAUUUUUGGACAGAUAAAUAAAAAAUGAGUUUUUGUUACAACUGUAAA